ACGAUUAUCCGGACAUGAUGUCCACGUAUCCAGAUAUAUGGUGGAUUUUGAUAUUGAGCUGCUGCUCGUAUCCUUCGUGGAGCAUGACUUGGUACCCUCCAACUGCCUUGAACGCGAUGCGCGGAGAGCAAAUAGAUCUCAUGGAUGCUGCAAACUCUACUUACGCUUCCGUCUGGAGAAAUGCUGGCGUCGCGGUUGACGGCCCGGAAUCCGUCGAUUUGAUCGAUUCAGGGCGAUCCCCCAUCAAUUCCGUCGAUCGCGACCGCGAACCGCUGGAUGAAGUAGAGCGCAUCGAACCCAGGCAGUGGCCAGGCAAGCCGGAUAUCCUACCGACUCGCAGCACCGCGCCUUUCACCACGGAAAGGUCUUUACCACCCAGAUCUCCGCAGCCCACAACACUGGCUCAAAGAAACCCUUCAACACAAAGAUUUCCUACUGCACCACCUCCAACGGUCGCCGUCGAUGAAGUCUUCUGCGAUUUCGGGCCAGCACCAGCCAUGCCACUUUGCGAGUGGCAAAAUGGUAAUGGUGCCUUGGAGUGGACUUCAGGUACUGGUAUGACUACGAACUGGUUGGGUGGACCAACGACCGAUGCCACGAGCGGCUCAAUGGAGGGAGGAUACGCUUUUCUGGAGACGUCGCACAUACCUACGAGGGACCUGAAGUUUAAGAGUCCCGGAGGUCUUUUGCACAGUCCACAGCUGGGUAGCACCGGGGUCACCGGCACUUGCUUCAUGUUCAAAUACACCAUGGACGGCCUCAGCAUCGCGGGGCUACGAGUGCUGCUUCACGUCGGAACGGAUGAGUUCUCGUUUAAGAAGGAGCAGACCGAGGAACUGCCUGUAGAAAAUAUCACAGUGUCAUGUGAACCGACGGAAAUCGCCAUGGAAGAGCGCGUACUGUGGCACGCGCAGUAUUACACGCUCGGACUGUGGCAGCAGGCCCAAAUACUGUAUACUUAUCCUAAAUUACACUCGAUAGUUAUUGAAGGCGUGCCAGUGGACUCCACGGAUCCGUCGCGACUAUAUCGCGGAUACAUCGCUAUCGACGACAUAGAUCUGCAGCCUGGUACGUCGUGCGUUGGAUUCUGUAAUUUUGCCGGUGGCUUCUGCGACUGGAACAACGAUGCGGAAGAUGAUUUCGAUUGGACCAUAAGUCGCGGAAGCGGAAAUCCCACGACCGGUCCAGCGAUGGACAGCUCUAACGACCGCGCCACAGCCGGUGGUUACGCUUACAUCGAUUCCAGCUUCCCGCGAAGACCCGGCGACACGGCGAAAAUCAUAAGUUCGAGCUUCCCGGCAACAAUGCCGGAUGCACCAAUGUGCAUGCACUUCUGGUUUCACAUGUUUGGAACUGGCAUCGGUUAUCUGAAGUUAUUCCUACGUCAUUUUCGCAGCUCGGACACGCAGCUGCAAGAGAUUUGGAGCCUGUCCGGAAACGCCGGUAACGCCUGGUUCAUGUCGCAAGUUACGAUCAGCUCGCUCGACGAUUAUCAGUUAGUUUUUGAAGCGUCAGUAGGAAUCACCGGCAUGGGGGAUAUCGCAAUCGAUGAAAUUUCAUAUGGGCCAGGCGCUUGCCCUGUGUCACCACAAGUGGCUGCACCAGUGUCGCGGGAUUGCACCUUCGAGCUCGAUGAAUGUGAAUGGAUCAACUCGCGAGAUCCGGAUCGCGUCGAAUGGGAGAGGGCAUCCACUCAGGUGUUAGGCCCGAGGAAUCAGAGGAAACCGUACAGCAGUGGACACACAGUUAACCGACGCAACGAAUAUUUUCUGGGACUCGCGCGUCUUCGAGGUGGUCCGCGAGCAUCUGGAGGUGGUACCGCUCAGCUGGUCAGUCGAGCGAUGAAGGGUACUCAAGACGCGCUUUGCAUCACAUUUUGGUACUUUAUGUUCGAGCCCUUCAUCGAUUCCACAGGACCCAGCUUAGGCGUCUUGCGAGUGUACGUGCAAACAGAGGGUGAUAGUUCGAAAACUAAACCCAUAUGGCAAUUGUACAAUAAUCAAGGUCCCACCUGGAGCUACGCUCAGGCCAACAUCAAUCAAAACACAGACUUCAAUAUCGUGUUCGAGGGUAUUUGGGGUCCGAACAGAGCGAGUGGUAGCAUAGGAAUUGAUGAUAUCGCCUUUUAUACCGGAAAUUGCAGUGUGAAACCGUUGAGCGCAGUCGUCCGCCCAGAAGACUGCAGCUUCGAGAAGGAUUUGUGCGGUUGGGAGAACAUUACUAUUUCCGAUAACGAUCGUGGGGUGACGUGGCAGCGUGCGUUUCAGGCCCAUCGACCGGCCCAGUUGUUGGACAGAACCUUUGGUGCGACUGGCGAUUUUGUAUUCUUCGACAUCUUCACGUCGAAUAAGGAAUCGACGAAGGUCCAGCUACAAUCGCCCGUCAUCAACGCCUCGCCCGACGAAGAGUUCGUAUGUUUCACCUUUUGGUUCGUCGCCUUCGGCGUAGAGGAGUCCACCACUCUGCGAGUGAUAAAAAUGCCUGCCGAACAGGCACAGGCCGAGGAGGGAGAGAACGAGGGCGAACAGGAGCAACCGUUAUGGUCUCUAACAGCCAAAGGAUUGAAUAAUCCGCGACCGGUCUGGAUGGCGGCACAAGUGGCGAUUGAAGCGCGAACUCCGUAUCGGCUUAUUCUUGAGGGAAGCGCCAGUAACGGAGGCUUUGCUGUCGACGACAUAAAGUUUCAGCCUCUAGCCUGCGCAACUCGACCACCCAGUGCUCAACCGAUUCAAACCGAGAGCGAGACAUGAGAAAAAUUACUAUGUGGUAAUUGCGAAAUAAGUUUCUAUUAAAGUUGAAAGAAUCAUUUUUACCCAAUAUUUAACAGCUAUAUUUAUAUAAUAUUUAAUUGUACUACAAAUACAGUAAAAUAAAUCAUUUUUAUAUAAAAUAAA